AUGGCCGCAGCCGGCGUCAGCGGUGCCAAUGGCGCCAAGAAGCAGGACAAGUUCGACCCCAACUUCACCGCACAUGUCAUCGGCCUCAUGAGCCCCGAGACCAAGCCCAGGCACCGAGAGGUCCUGACCUCCCUCAUCUCGCACCUGCACGACUUUUGCCGCGAGGUCGAGCUGACCCAAGACGAGUGGGUCAUGGGUGUGAACUAUAUCAACCGGAUAGGACAGGCUUACCAGAAGAACCGGAAUGAGGCGUGGAGAGUGUGCGACAUCCUGGGCGUUGAAUCGCUUGUUGACGAGAUCAACCACAAGGUCGUGACCGACAAAGACCUUAAGCCCACAUCCUCGACCAUUCUGGGCCCUUUCUGGUCCCCGGAGACCCCUUUCCGCGAGCUCGGCUCGAGCGUCGUGCAGAAUAUGCCCAAGGACGGAGAGCUCACAUACUUCCACGGUGUCAUUUCCGAUGCCGAGACCGGCAAGCCCGUUGCCGGCGCAGUCUUCGACAUGUGGCAAGCCAGCACCAACGGCAAGUACGACGUCUUCGACCCCGAGAACCAGACUCGCCACAACCUUCGCGGCAAGUUCCGGACAGACGAGAACGGAAAGUUUUACUUCUACUGCCUCAAGCCGACCGAGUAUGCCAUCGAUACCACCGGCCCCUCGGCGGAGCUGCUCAAGAUCAUGGGCCGGCACCCCUACCGCCCCGCGCACAUCCACAUGAUGGUCACUCACCCCGACUACAUCGGCGUGACCGCUCAGCUGUACCCCAACGAUGACCCCUACCUCGAGACCGACACUGUGUCUGCCGUCAAGGAUGAUCUGCUUCUGUACUUCAAGCCCGUCCAGAACGAGCCCAAGGGCGCCGUGCUCGACGUCGAGUACAACGUCCGCGUGCUCCCCAAGAAGUACAAGCCGGACUCCACCAUGUUGAUGGAGAACGCCAACCAGAACAACUUUUAA